GAAAGAAAAACCGACUUCUCCUCGUCUGUCCUCUUCAGGCAGUAAACAUGUCGGCUAACAGGAGAAUAACGCUCAUAUUUGGAGGCUUCAUAGCUGCAGUAGCAGCAGCUUUUUAUCCUAUAUUUUUCCAUCCGUAUAGUCACAAAGAUGAAUACAAGGAGAUCCAGAAAGUUAAUCGAGCUGGAAUCAAUCAGGCAGAUGUGCAGCCUGUUGGAAUGAAGAUCUGGUCAGAUCCAUUCAAACCAAAGUCGUGAUAUGACAGAAGUGGUGAAAGCGAACAGGAGAGGAGGUUCGUGAUCAUGAAGACAUUAUCGUAGAUGACUGGGACAUCAUAUACUCCUCUCCCGAGUGAGUCAAUCAUCGAACAUGUGAGCAAGUGAAAGAAACUUCUUCCAGUGGAAGACGCCUGCACUUCACUGUUUAGUAUUCUUCUGACUGUAACUGUCCUGAUUCAGCUCAGGCUGGGAUUGAUCAAUUUUGUUGCAGCAAAAAUGUUAAAUUCGGGAUCUUGAGAUCGAGAACCUUUUGUUGUAAACACUGUCACUACUUCAAUAUGUUAUCUUAUAAAUAAAGUUUAAUUAAAAAUCUUCCUCAAA